GUGCAGCCCAGCUCAGCCCAGCCCAGCCGGUCACAUGGGCGGGGGGAAGGUGACUCAGGGCUCCCCCUCCCCUCCCAGUGGGGAGCGUGUGUGUGGCCGGCGCCGCUGCCACUAGCGCACUUGCUGACUGCCGGGCAGGUGCGGUCCGCGCUCGGGUCUCGGCGUUGCCCUGGAAAUCAGAACGUGACAUCAUUGUACUUGUGCAUGAGAAGGGGAAAGUGAAACUGACCAGACAACUUACUUUUAUUGUCCAAAUUUGAGUGUGAGUAAAAAAAGGAGAAGUCCUAAUAUCCACUUAUCCCAGUGAAAAUGGCCUUUAGCAAUUUGACAUCAAAAGCUGCACUGCUUUAUGAUGAAUGGAUUAAACAUGCUGAUCCAAGAGUGGAAGGCUUCCUACUCAUGUCUUCACCUGUGCCACAGACUAUUAUCAUUGGAGCCUAUAUUUAUUUUGUCACUUCUUUGGGACCAAAACUCAUGGAAAACCGAAAACCUUUUGAACUCAGGCAGAUAAUGGCAUUUUACAAUUUUGGUGUGGUAGCCCUUUCAGUGUAUUUGACUUAUGAAUUUCUUAUGUCUGGUUGGGCCACAGGUUAUUCAUUCCGAUGUGACCUUGUUGACUAUUCCAAGUCACCUACAGCUCUGAGAAUGGUUCGGACUUGUUGGCUGUACUACUUCUCCAAAUUCAUUGAAUUAUUAGACACUAUCUUUUUUGUUCUGCGAAAGAAAGAGGGCCAAAUUACAUUCCUGCAUGUCUUGCAUCACUCAAUCAUGCCGUGGACCUGGUGGUUCGGAGUCAAAUUUGCUGCAGGUGGGUUAGGAACAUUCCAUGCUCUGUUAAACUGUGUUGUGCACGUCAUCAUGUACAGCUACUAUGGACUCUGUUCACUGGGACCAGCCUAUUAUAAAUACUUGUGGUGGAAAAAACACAUGACAUCUAUACAGCUUGUUCAAUUUCUUAUGGUUACAGUUCACAUAGGACAAAUCUACUUUAUGGAUGAUUGUCCAUACCAGUAUCCAGUUUUUAUAUUCAUUAUUUGGCUCUAUGGCUCUAUGUUUUUACUCCUGUUUCUCCACUUCUGGUAUCAUGCUUACACCAGAGGGCAGAGACCACCAAAGACUAUGAAAAACGGAAUCAGCAAAAGCAAAGAUCACUGAAGCAAUGUCUCAUCUAUAUAAAUGUGUACAUCUCAGAUCAGUAACUUGUACUACUUGACAAUCAAGAUAUUUAGGUGCACACUACACUGUGUACAUUUUACAUGUUUUUCCAAAACAGAGCUUGUAUUUUUACAAUAAGUUAUUUGGGUUUCUGAUAUUGCGGGGUGGGGGGGAGGGGUAAUUUUCUGAUUAAAGAUUUGCAGGUUUUCAGUGACUUGCUGCACAUAUCUAGAGAAAUGUUCUCUUUUUACCUAGAAGAAAUGAAUAUUUAAUUGCAUUCUUACAGGUGAGAUGCAUAUAAAUAAAAAGAUCUUCUUUAAGAAAAUGUGUAUGAUAAGUACAGAAUACUUUGAGCACUAAGAAAAGGUAUAAAGAGCAUUCAUUUUAACUAUCAUAAGGUGUUGAAACUGUAGUUUAAUUUUAUUGAAAUAACCAUGAAAAAUCAUUGUUACAUGCAUAAUUUAUAGAGACUAAAACACAUUGUUAAUAUAGUUAAUACCUGAAAACAUUCAUAUUUUUUGUACAAACUGUACCAUAUUAAAGAAUGUAAGUUAAAUAAAACCUUGGCAGAUUAGUGUGUUUUAAAAAGAGAGAUUUUUGGAUUAUAAAGUCUUUUACUAAAAUGAUUUAAGUUAAUGAACUUUUAAAAAUGUUUGUUUUUACUUAAUUGAACAUAAAAACUUUUGAUUUAACAUCCAGUCAAAAAAAAAGUGAUUCAUUGAAGUAGAAUAACAAUCUUACCUCAUACUAUUCAAAAUUGUCUGUAGCUGUAUUUUGAUAUCAGCAAACAGGAAUGUUUACUGGAAAAAAAAUCACGCAAUUCAACAACCAAAACCAUAUUACAUUUUUAGAAUAGGUUUUGUGUAAAAUACAAAUGGCAGUUUCAUUACUUUAUUUUGCUGUAUUCUUUCUCCUUUCCACUGCCUGUGGAAAUGAACGGUGCCUAAUGAGAAAUUGUUUUGUAAAAUUCAUGGCUAAGUUUCUCUGUUAAUAGCAGAAGUGCCUUGUUUUUGCCGUGUGGUACUAAAUGAACUGUUCAAAGAGAUUGCAGACUACACAGAUUUAUGGAGAGGGAGAAGGGGCAGAUGAUUGUGUACUAGUUAACUCCAAACUAUGCAGAAUAAACUGAUAAGGGACUGGUCAGAGGGACAUGUCAGCUGGCUUAGUAGCAAUUUAUAGGACCUAGAGCUAUAUGCAGAUAGUGUCCCUCUACUUCUGUGAGAUUGUCAAGGGAUGACUAUUGUGCAGAACUAAGCUAAACUAUAUUCUGCCAUGAGAUGCACACCAUACAGCAUUGAUUGAUUGAUCUUGUUUUUGUGACAACUCUCACUAGUGAUGGGCUGAAAUCUAUCUUGUACUCUGCUCUGAUCUGCUGGAGUUGUGAUGUUCUCUAAAAUGUGUCUUCUGACCCACCCGUUUGUAUUAGUGGUUGAAGAACUCCAAAAAGGCAUGUUUUAUUGUUAUAUGUACAGGAUUACCAGAAUAGUGUUGCAGGUGACUUCUUAUAAAAAUAACAAAAAGAAGAACAGGAGUACUUGUGGCACCUUAGAGACUAACAAAUUUAUUAGAGCAUAAG